AACUAUUAACAUUGCGCCCGCCUGAAAGCGUAGAGCAAAUGAAGCGGCUGUGAAGAGACCCAUGAGGUCCCGAAUAAUAGAGAACUAUAAAAUGACAACGCUUCAAUAUUUGGGAAUAUCAGUACUUUUCAUCAUCGAUCUGUCAGGAGCUGUGAAUGCGGAAGUGAAUAUAUUGACACGGAGAGAGAGGCAGUCUGUCACUCUACACACUGGACUAACUGGACUACAUGUUGAUAAAAUAUUUUGGUUCUUUGGUCCAGUCAUUCCAAACACCUCAAUAGUUGAGAGUCAGGUCAUCAGAGGAGAGAACAUCACAGAAUUCAAAGGAAGAUUCCCAGACAGACUGCAGCUGGACAGACAAACUGGAUCUCUCACCAUCAGAAAUCUCACCCUCAACAACUCUGGAGUUUAUCAGCUAGACAUUUUCAAUACACACAAAACAUCUCAGAAAUUCUAUCUAACUGUCUAUGCUCUAGUACCACUUCCUCAAGUCAGAAAAAUCCCUGAAGGUGAUUUUCUGGACAGUUCAUCAGAGAAGGGGAGCUGUUCAGUGGUGUGUUCUGUGGAGAACCGGAGAGACAUGACCCUGUCCUGGUACAGAGGAGAGAAGAGACUCAACCAGACCAGCAGCCCUGACUUCUCCAUCAACCCAGUCAGCAACCAGACAACCAAACUCAACAUUGAAACGCUCUGCCUUCAGUAUGUAGAGUCUGGUCCUAUUCUAAUCACAGUCAUUGUGAUAGUCCUUGUAAUAGGCCUACUGUUAUGUGUAUACUGCAUUUGGAAAAAGAAAGAUAUUAAAGGGUGCUGUGUAUCCACCUCAGGAAGUCCAGAAGAGGAGGGCUCUGUGGUGUAGCCUACUCUGUCAGACCCUGCAUUUCACCUUCUUCCCCAUUUAAAAAAGAGAAGUCAUUAGACUGCAUCCCUGCCACUGUAAAAACAGAAUGCACAUUUUGACAUGAACAAAGGAUGUGUUUUAUGCAGCAAAUAAUCACUCCUCUUCUCUGUACCAACUUCUGUCUACAAUUGUAUUACUAAAGGAGUAUUUUAAUACUUAAACAAAGAGUCUGUGUUUCCUUUCCAUUACUAAUGUAUGUUUGGUAAUUAUAUAGACCUGAUCAUUUGCUGAAGAAAUUGACCAACAGUUGAAUAAAUAUUGUAACAUUUGUUUGUAAGAUAGCCUUAAAGGGCAAUUCCGCCACUUUUCAACCUCAUAUUCAUUAUUUCCAGUAGCAAAUAAUUUCUGUGACAUCACGGUGCUCCUCACUUCACUGCGAUUCUUAUGUUUGAAAAUCACUGUUUUUUAAAUAUAUAUUUUUUUACCCCAUUUUUCUCCCCAAUUUUGUAGUAUCCAAUUGGUAGUUAGUCUUGUUUUUAUGGCUUCAAUUCCCUCACGGACUCGGGAGAGGCGUGCAUCCUCAGAAACACAACCCAACCAAGCUGCACUGCUU